GAUAAUCCCAGUAUCCUGCAAGAUAAGCUGAACGUCCUUUUGUCGUUGGAUGCAUUAGAACUGUUAGGGGCUACAGGUGAAAUUAGGAUUGGACUAAAAAAAUUUUAAGCCGGGCUACACUGAUUUGGAUUAUCCUGAAGCAUUCCUUCCAUUAUAAACUAAUUUGGUCUUCGUCUCUUGCGCCUGAAAAAUGUCAGAGAAAAUGGAAUUUAUCCUUAAUAAAAUACAACACAUGUAGAUUUAUCCGUAGUCCGGGCGAUUUUGCUUUUCUGACUGUCCAACUGCGUUCCAACAAUUAGGGUUCAACUCAGCAAGGGCAAGGUGUCGUGGUGUAGUUGGUUAUCACGUCAGUCUAACACACUGAAAGUCUCCGGUUCGAGUCCGGGCGACGCCAUUUAUUUUCCUUUUGUUACAUUGCUGCUCUCAUUGCAUACAGCAUUCAAACGACAUCGUUUCAAUCAUCAUCAUCAUCUCAAUCCUCCACCAAUUUCAGUUAAAAUUCGCAGUAAAUCCUCAAUUCCACACCAUAUAUAUAAAUAGAAAAUUUGUUUGUACACCUGUAUUCGAAUUGUCGGCGCCAACCCAAGAAGGGCUUUUCGGGAUUAAAUCAAGGACCCGGGAGGGUGAGAAUGGAAAGCCAAUCACGGCGGAGAUCCGCCCGAUCUAAGGCAGACCUGGCGGUGACACUACGUAAGGCUUGGUAUCAUUUGAGACUAUCGGUGCGUGACCCACUGCGGGUUCCAACGUGGGACGCCAUCGUUUUGACUGCAGCGAGUCCUGAACAAGCGGAGCUCUACAACUGGCAGCUCAGCCGCGCAAAGCGCAUAGGUCGCAUUGCUCCUUCCACUAUUACCCUAGCUGUCCCUGACCCCCAUGGCCAGCGAAUAGGCUCCGGUGCUGCCACUCUGAAUGCCAUUCUUGCCCUUGCCGAACACCUCCACCACCUUGAUUCACCAGUAGCAGAUUCAAGCAACUGCAAUUCUACUUCUACAUCCUAUGAAAGCUCUAACAACGAAAUUCCACUCCAGCCACUUGUUGACUUGAUGGCCAAAAAACAUAUAUUACUGCUUCAUGCAGGGGGAGACUCUAAAAGGGUUCCUUGGGCUAAUCCAAUGGGGAAAGUUUUCCUGCCACUGCCAUAUCUGGCAGCAGAUGACCCUGAUGGCGCAGUUCCUUUGCUCUUUGAUCAUAUACUUGCAAUAGGUUCUUGUGCAAGACAAGCUUUCAGAAAUGAAGGUGGGUUGUUUAUCAUGACUGGGGAUGUUCUUCCUUGUUUUGAUGCUUCCAGAAUGGUACUUCCAGAGGAUUCAGCAUGUAUUGUCACUGUUCCAAUAACCCUUGACAUUGCUUCCAACCAUGGCGUAGUGGUGGCAUCUAAAUCUGGGUUUACUGAUGAAAAUUAUUCGGCCAGUCUAGUCGCUAAUCUGCUUCAGAAACCUAGUGUAGACGAGCUUGUUGAGCACCAGGCAUUACUAGACGAUGGCAGAACAUUACUUGAUACAGGAAUCAUAGCAGUCAAGGGUAAAGCAUGGGUGAAUCUUGUCAUCCUGUCCUGUUCCAGCCAGCCAAUGAUAUCUGGACUUCUGGAAAGCAAAAAAGAGAUGAGUUUAUACGAAGAUCUAGUUGCAGCUUGGGUGCCUGCAAAGCAUGAAUGGUUACGACCACGACCUUUGGGUCAAGAACUUGUGGCAAAACUGGGAAAACAAAAGAUGUUCAGCUAUUGUGCUUAUGAUCUCUUGUUCCUGCAUUUUGGGACCUCUAGUGAAGUUCUGGAUCACCUUAGUGGUACUGGUUCUGAACUGGUCGGAAGAAGACAUCUGUGUUCAAUUCCAGCAACCACUGUAUCUGACAUAGCUGCCUCAGCUAUAAUUGUUUCUAGCAAAAUAUCCCCUGGUGUCUCUAUUGGUGAAGAUUCUCUUAUAUAUGAUUCCUCCAUCUCUAGUAGAAUUCAGAUUGGUUCUCAGUCGAUAGUUGUUGGUGUUAAUGUGCCCGGAGACCAAAACACGAUGGCUAUGAAUUCAUUCAGAUUCAUGCUACCAGAUCGCCACUGCCUCUGGGAGGUUCCCUUGGUAGGACGCACAGAAAGGAUUAUAGUGUUCUGUGGUCUCCAUGAUAAUCCAAAGAAUUCACUUUCGGAAGAUGGGACCUUUUGUGGGAAACCCUGGAAAAAGGUUUUAGGUGAUUUAGGAAUUCAGGAUAUUGAUCUUUGGGGCUCGAAGGAAGCAAAAGACAAAUGCUUGUGGAAUGCCAAAUUAUUUCCAGUUUGUCGGUACCCUGAGAUGCUCGAAUUGGCAUCAUGGCUAAUGGGCCUGAGCAAACAAGAAGACAAAACACUCCAGUUAUUAUGGAGAGGUUCACACCGCAUCAGUCUAGAGGAGUUGCAUAAAUCAAUUGACUUCUCGCAGAUGUGGUUAGGCACCACUAAUCAUCAAGCAGAUCUUGCAGCUGCGAUUGUUAAUGCAUGUCUUAAUUUUGGCUUGCUUGGGCGCAAUUUAUCUCAAUUGUGUGAAGAAAUUUUGCAGAAAGAAUUCACUGGAGUUCAAAUAUGUAAAGAAUUUCUCUCUCUAUGUCCCAACUUUCAAGCUCAAAAUUCUCAGAUUCUUCCUAAGAGCAGGGCACACCAAGUGCAUCUUGAUCUUUUGCGAGCAUGCAAUGAUGAAAGGAUGGCAUCUGAAAUGGAGCAUAAAGUGUGGGCUGCAGUUGCUGAUGAAACUGCUUCUGCAGUAAGAUAUGGUUUUAAAGAAAAUCUUUUGGAAUCCCCCAGUUGGUCCUCUCCAUCUGUGCACCAAGUUAACAGUUUCAAUGGUGUAUUGGCUCAAUCUUUUGAGACUAGGAAGGUGACUGUUGAACUACCAGUUCGGGUAGAUUUUGUUGGGGGCUGGAGUGAUACUCCACCAUGGAGCUUAGAGCGUUCUGGUUGUGUGCUGAACAUGGCAAUAACAUUGAAAGGUUUACUUCCCAUUGGGACAACCAUAGAGACGACAAAAAAGACUGGACUAUUAUUUCACGAUGAUACAGGAAAUGAGUUGUACGUUGAAGAUUUUUCCUCCGUUGCACCUCCAUUUGAUAGCAGUGAUCCAUUUCGACUAGUUAAAUCUGCAUUACUUGUCACUGGUGUUCUCAAUGAGAAGAUCCUUGAAUCGACAGGCUUGAAGAUAAAGACCUGGGCCAAUGUUCCGCGUGGAAGUGGCCUGGGCACGUCCAGCAUCUUAUCAGCAGCUGUUGUGAAAGGUCUUCUCCAAAUAACAGGUGGAGAUGAUAGUAAUGAGAAUGUCGCCAUACUUGUACUUGUAUUGGAACAGCUUAUGGGGACAGGUGGUGGUUGGCAGGAUCAAAUUGGUGGUCUCUAUCCCGGGAUUAAGUUUACUGCAAGUUUUCCUGGAACCCCAUUGCGACUUCAAGUCAUUCCUCUGUUAGCUUCACCCCAACUUAUUAAAGUGUUGCAGCAACGACUUCUUGUUGUAUUUACUGGUCAAGUCCGACUUGCACACCAAGUCCUACAAAAGGUGGUGACUCGAUAUCUUCAAAGAGAUAAUAUACUUGUUUCCAGCAUCAGACGCCUUGUUGAACUGGCAAAGAUCGGGAGGGAUGCUUUGAUGAAUUGUGAUUUAGACAAGAUGGGGGCCAUAAUGAUUGAAGCUUGGAGAUUGCAUCAAGAACUUGAUCCCUUCUGCAGCAAUGAAUUUGUCGACAAGCUUUUUGCAUUUUCUGAACCCUAUUGCUGCGGAUACAAGCUUGUAGGCGCUGGUGGUGGGGGAUUUGCAUUAUUGCUGGCUAGAUCUGCUGAAUCUGCAAAGGAACUGAGACAUUUACUUACAGAAAAUUCUGAUUUUGAUGUCGAAAUAUAUGAUUGGAAAAUAUUUUUACAUAAUUAGUUGAAGUUAGUUAACCGAAUUUUCAUUGUACCUAUGUCACGUGUAACAACACGGGAAAGCAUUUGUUGGUUCGGAAACGUGUACACUGAUAUUUAUUAAUGCUCGUUAUGUUGAAAUUUCCACGACAGUUAAGUAAAUGGUUUCUUCUUUU